ACGUAGCAAUCCCGCAACGCCGCCAACAUGCGUCCCUCACUUCGAUUGCUGAACCUGGAGGUCCAGGGCUCCCGGGCCCUCUAUGUCUGCUCCGUUUGCAUACAGGAGGCGCGUCCGCGUCCCAUUGUCGCCCGGCAAUUCCUGCGCCAUGCCUCCUCCAAUGCGGACUCGCUCAGCGAACGAGUCCGCCGCAAGAUCUGGGGCACGGACAGCCCCCCGGGUCUGGAGGAUCCAUACGGAGAAAGUCUCCUGGAAAAGAGAUUCGGGAAGCCCAAACCUCACGAACAGGAAAAGCCACAGGUGGAGGAAACGGACGAGCUCGCGGGCCUGCAGGAUGGGCUUGAACCCGGAGUCUCCUAUGAGCCUGCGACGACAUGGAAUGGCCUGGAGCGUGUGGGUCAUUUGGGAAGGUGGUCCGAUGCUCCUCGUUCGGAGGCUGAUACAUAUGGCUCUUUCGGUCUCAGGAAGAAGCUAUACAAGAAAGGUCCCCUGUCGCUCGCUGCCCACCAAGCGGCCGUCGAAGUCAGCCUGAUGCACGCGCUGAACAAGCCCUUGACGAAGGUCUGCAAUGUCGUCGAGCACGACAAGUCGGUUUUCAAGAUGAUCUGGCAAUGCAAGAUCAUUCCCGGUUCGACUAAUUGGGGCGAGUCAUUGGGCUAUCGCAACGAGAAGGCCAAGGAGGCUCUUUUCUACAUCUUCGAGCAAAUCGGUAAUGCCCAGCCUGAACCCGCGGGACAGCCCGAUGAGAACGCCGAGGUCGAGGAGGUCGAGGAUUUCGAGGAGCCAGCACAGGAAGCCCCGAAGCAUGCUUUCUUUGGAUACCAGGAUACCAGGAAUAAGGGUUUUUUGUCCCUACCGUUGACUGAUCCGGCUACCAAGUUUGCUUUCCUCAAGAGAUUCUCCCAGCUGAGUGGGCACUUCUUCCCCGACAAUAUCGUCAACCAGAUCUCCACAGUCAGUCAGGCCAUGGACUACGUUCUGGGCCAGUUGCACUCGAAGCCGACGAAGCUGGCCGAACACCUGGAGAACAACAAAAAGCUCCAAGGCCUGCCCAACAUCAAGGUAUUCUCCAAGAGGCAGACCACGUUGCACCGGGAUGAUGAGAUGGGCCGGAGGAAGAUUAUUGAGUCCGAGCUUCGUGCGAGAGGACUUCUUGAAUAGACUGCGUGCAUGGCAGGUUUGAAUGGCUCGAAGAUUAUCUCUAGUUCUUGUAGCAUGUUAUAUUUAGGAAGAAUUUUGCUGUACAAUAGGAAUUGACGUCUUUCAUUUUGUUCACUGGCACGUUAUAGAACGAUACUUAUC